GCACAGCUGAGGCGCGAAUUUGUGAUUAAAAAGUUUGCCUAGAACUAUUUACUUCGGUAGUUGGAAGAUGUCCGCUAGAGUUUCUUCUCUGAUAUUAAGUUUAAUGUGGCUUCAUCUUAUUGCGACAUCUUGGCAAUUGGAAACUGUUGAGCGGAAAGUUCCCCUCUCCAAGCAAAAUUGCCCGAGCUGUGCAUGUGGAGGUGCGGACGUAAAUUCCCGGAUCAUCGGAGGAAACCAGAGCGACAUAAGAGCGUAUCCAUGGAUGGCGGCACUUUACUAUCAGGGGCAAUUUACUUGCGGCGGAAGCUUGAUAAACGAUCGCUAUAUCCUGACGGCAGCGCACUGUGUCGCUCGGUCGAACGCAAAACAAUUCGAAGUAUUUCUUCGACGAAUUAACAUCAGGAGCACUAAUCCAGAAAUGCUUCAGAGAAAAGUGGCAUCCAUUACCCUGAACCAUUACCAGGGAGCCAGAAUCAACAACGAUGUGGCCUUACUGCGACUGGCGGAGCCCGUUGCAAUCGAACCGAAUUUGGUGCCAAUUUGCCUGCCGGACGGUUCGGAUAGCUAUGUGGGCAGGAAGGCAAUACUGAUUGGUUGGGGAACGACGGCCAACGGGGCAUUGUCGGAUAUGCUGCAGCAGUUAAUCGUACCAAUCAUGUCUAAUCUGGAGUGUAAGCGUUCCGGGUAUUUUAGGUUUCAGAUUACAAACCGCAUGAUGUGCGCCGGUUAUUUGGAAGGAGGACGAGAUUCAUGCCAGGGUGACAGCGGUGGGCCUCUACAGCUGGUAAAUCCCACGAGCGGUCGGUACGAGAUCGUGGGGGUCGUUUCGUGGGGCAAGGAGUGCGCCCAACGCAACUACCCGGGAGUGUACGCACGUGUUACCAAGUUUGUUGCUUGGGCCAAAAGCAAUAGUCGGGAGGCGUGCUGGUGCCAACAGUAACAACAACUUUUUAUUCAGCCAGAUUGAGUCAUUGUUACAACAUCCUUGGUGCUCCGAGUGGAAGGCAGGAAGAUAUUGUAAUACAUUAUCCGCUUUUAUGUCAAUGUGCAGCUUCGUGGAGCCGUUUUCCUCCAGAUGUAUUGUGCUACAGCAAAAACGGAUAAGCGAAAAGAACGACUUCGCCUCCCAGCAGUUAUUUUUUUUGUCGGAUUCCUAUCCUGAUUACCUGCAGGUGACAUUGAUAAGACAGAUACCUAACGACCAAUAAGCGGAUGUAGCCGACUUUGUGGAUAA